AUGAAACUCAUCGUCAUCUGGGAACACGAGUAUGAUAAAAUGAUACGCGAGGAAACCGAUGCCAAAGCCUUUGUCGAUAGCCUGGAACUAGUCGAACGUCUCGACCCCCGCGGCAGUCUAAUGGGCGGACGUACAACCGGUUUUGUACUAUACAAGAGUGCGACACAGGGAACAAAAAUUAAAUACGUUGACUUUACCUCGUUAUAUCCUUACGUAAACAAAACAGCCCGAUAUCUGAUCGGACAUCCCGAAAUCAUUACGCGUGAUUUUGACAAUAUGUCAACUUAUUUCGGGAUAGACAAGGUGAAAGUGUUACCACCCAGGGACCUUUUUCACCCGGUGUUGGGUUAUCGAAUACAAGGUAAAAUAACGUUUCCUUUUUGUCGAAAGUGUGCAGAGUUCCAAAAGCAUGACCUUUGUCAAUGUUCGGACGCGGCCAGAGCGCUGACGGGAACGUACUGUACACCAGAACUUCUGAAAGCCAACGAAAAAGGCUACAAAAUUCUCAAGAUUUACGAAAUUUAUCAAUGCAGAGAAACGACACAGUACGAUUCUUCCGUCAAGACUGGGGGAUUAUUUACUCCAUACAUUAACAUGCUUUUGAAAAUAAAACAAGAGGCCAGCGGACGACCCACAUGGGUCAAGACGGACAAAGACCUGUGUCGAUAUAUCGCAAUUUACGAACAAAAGGAAGGUAUUCGUCUGAACCCCGACAAUAUCGAAUAUAACCCGCGCCUUCGUAGUUUGGCAAAGCUUCUCUUGAAUAGUUUCUGGGGGAAAUUUAGCCAGAGAAUGAAUCUUUGUAAGACACAGAUUCUACACGACAGCCAAGCUCAUGUUUUGUUAGAGCAGAUGGCUAAUCCGACUAUACAAAUCCAAGAUUUUAAUAUUGUGGAUGAUAAUCAUCUCAUGCUCUCUACCAAACACAUUUCGGAGAACAUGUGUGACCCUGGUCACACCAACGUGUUUUUUGCAUCAUUUAACACCUGCUGGGCGCGUCUUAAGUUAUACGAGUUACUAGAUUUGCUGCAAAUUCGCGUUUUAUACUGGGACACAGACUCUGUUAUCUGUACGCAGAAAGAGGGGGAAUUACAAAUCUGCCAUCGGGGACUUUCUCUGGGAACUCACGAACGAGUUAAGCGAGGACGACUGGACAACAGAGUUUAUCUGUUACGGUCCCAAAACUAUGCUUAUAAAACGUUCAAGGGAAAAGAAGUAUGCAAAGUCAAGGGGUUUUCAUUGAAUUACAUCAACUCGUCGAUCAUAAAUUUGGCCAGUAUGAAAGACGCCAUGUUCAAUCGCAAGGAUUCUAUGACGGGUAACUACCACACUGUGAAUCCAAACAAGAUCUGUCGAGAAAAAAUUCACAGUGAACUAUAUUGCCAAGAAGAAGUAAAAAGAUACGCAGCUGUGUACACAAAACGAGUUGUACAACCAAAUUUGACAACGCUUCCCUGUGGUUUUUGA